AUGACCAGAGUAAGGAAGAAAGUAAAAGAUGAGAAGACGGGAGAGAAAGUGGAAGAUGUGAAGACGGGGGAGGUAGCGGAAGACAAGAAGACGGGGGAGGGAGCGGAAGAUGAGAAGACGGGGGAGGGAACGGAAGAUGAGAAGACGAGAGAGAGAACGGAAGAUGAGAAGACGGGGGAGGGAACGGAAGAUGAGAAGACGGGGGAGGGAACGGAAGAUGAGAAGACGGGGGAGGAAGCGGAAGAUGAGAAGACGGGGGAGGGGCGGAA